GUUCAUUACAAUCAGAGUUGUACGAUAAACGUAAAACUAUUGGGGAAAUAUAACGCGUUAUUUAAAUAUAUUAUCGUUUAUGCGUAUAUACGUUUUCACUUUAAUCAGUGCUCUUGUUUAUAAAAAUCUGAUCAGUUCGGACCCUGUUUAAGAUAGUUGUGUAUAUUUCAUCCUACAUUUAUUUGGGUGAUGCAUGAGACAUGGAUUUUCGAGUGUAGAUAAUAGCUGUUCCUGUUCCUGAUUCUGCCACAUACAUUGUUAUAAUUGUAAGAAGGAACACAUAAAUCAUCAAGAUGUGCGGAGGAUUCACCUGCUCUAAAAACGCGCUGAUUGCACUUAACAUUCUCUAUGUGGUGGUGGCUUCAAUCUUGAUAUCCGUAGCGGUGUAUGGGCAGACGACGUCCCUGGUCAACACGAACCUACCCAUCCUAGGGGGUAUCCUGGCAUGCGGCGUCCUGCUCAUCUUGAUCUCGUUGCUGGGCAUGGCUGGAGCUGUCAAGCAUCAUCAAGUUAUGCUGUUCUUUUAUAUGGUGAUUCUUUUCCUGUUGUUCCUGGUGCAAUUCUCAGUGGCCUGCGCCUGUCUUGCUGUGAACUCGGACCAGCAGGAGAUGUUGGCUAAGCAAGGAUGGAACAAAGUGAACACCGAAGUGAAGAGUCAGGUGCAGGAGAAAUUUCAGUGCUGCGGGUUUGAGACUAGCAUUCCUCCCCUUAAUGCCACCUCUGACUACCCCACCUGUGAUGCUGUCAACAAACUUUGCUGCAAUAACUCAGCGGACAAGGACUGUGCCUGCGCCCCCUGCAUGGAGAAACUCAAGGAGCGCAUCGACUACGCCUUCAAGCUAUGCGGAGGCAUCGGUCUAUUCUUCAGCUUCACUGAGUUUCUCGGUGUGUGGUUGACAGUAAGAUACCGUAAUCAGAAGGACCCGCGCGCUAACCCCAGUGCAUUUCUCUGAAUGAUCCGCCGAUACGGACUCACGGCGUUUGCUAACUCGAGCUCUUCGCCGUGUGGCUCGCCCGCCGCUACCGCAACCAGCCUGACCCGAACUACAAGGAACCUCACGCUAUUUUCCCGAGGAAGGACUACUUAUACUGAGAAAAACCGAUAAUUUAGCCUCCACAACUUAGGAAUACACAGGUUUUAGUUUUAGAUAGUCAAUGAAAUGAUGGGCGAUUAUUUAUUUUGCCAUAAUGGAUUAUAACGCAUUUGUUAAUCAGUCAGUCAUUUUAAGUUGCUGAUUCUAUCACUUGUGCCCCAUGUUAUUAAACCUAUAAGUUACAAUUUUACAAGUGUAAACUGGCAUCAUUUGGUCUAAGCUUCACGCCAAUGGUGAAUUUUGGGUCAACCGCUUGAAUUUUGUCGGUUUAUAUAUAUAUAAAAUUGUAACUUGUAACUUUACUCUUGGGCACUGAAAACGUAACUAAAAAAUAAUACUCUACGACUGACGUUAUUAUUAUUCAGCUCUUAAAUAGUGCAAACUAUCUCAAUGUAAAAAGUCUUGCCAGAAUGUAAACUAGACUUCAGAAUAAUGUUAUCUGUCAAUCUUUAAAAAAAAUGCACGGAUCGGAAGGAAAGUUUAAUUUGAUUGCUUUUUAAUUAACAAUAUGACUAUUUCUGAAACUUGAUUUUACAGUUGGUUGAAUUAAGUGUUUGUUUCCGUUCAAUCCCCUCAUUUAUUAAAUAUCUGAAUUAACAAUGCCUAUUAUGGCUAUGUGUCGAAGCUUGUGUCAAAGUCAUACACCACAAUAGAUAGGCAACAUGUGACCAUAGUAGGUGGUAUGGCCAUCUAGAUGUUCUAGAUUAUUCAUCCUGUGUCCUAUAGAUACAUAGACAGGCAAGAUAAAUCAUUUAUCUUAACUCAAUAUUUAUCAAUACUGUCUCGACUAUCCCGAAUUAGUUGUGGUUCUUCAUUCUAAUCGAUCGUUUGCUGUUUGUCUGUAUCGCGAAGAAUACAACAUAUUGUAAUGUUAAUGUAAGCCAUACGAUCUCAGGACGACUUAUCUGCAAUUUAGGGCUCAGUUUCAUCGGUCGAGGGAGGGGACGGGAGCUACUGGCAUUAUCCCCGUAUUCAAAUAAAGGAAGAAGAAAAUAAUAUAAAAGCCACAUAAGCCAUUCAUUCAAUGAUAUUCUAACAAAAAAACAUUACUAUGAUUUUUGAUCGAUCUUAUUCAUUGAAAAAAGUUUCCACGAUUGGUCAGUUAACUGCGUCAAAGACUAACUUUACAAUUAUUGUGAUUUGACAAUAACAUUUCUGGGUCGAUACUUAACUAGCGACAAUUGUCAAGCUAGUGUAAUAUGAACCAGAUAAACACCAUACCCCUAUUUCACCAAAAUGACAAUUGUCAUUUGACAAUAACAUUUUUCUGUAUCACUUUGCUCAUUUAGGUUGGGAAAUAGGUGUCAUCUGUCAUCUAAGCAUUUUGACCCUGAAAUGCCUUAAUUGUCUUUUACAAUUUUCUAAUUUAUGAAAUAGGGACUAGACAAAAAAGGUUCUUUGAUUGAUUGAGUGACUGAAUGAAACAGCGUUUGGUUUUGACGUAUUAAAAUAACGAAAUGAACGUUUGUCCAACAAACUAACAUAACAAACGUGAGCAGAAACCAUUCCUAGUCGUCCAAUGAAAAUGCGCCCUUAGAAAUACGAUGGUUGAUUCCUAGUAAAUAGUAUGUGUAAGUUGUACAUUUGUGUACUAGUCAGUAGUCUAAUUAUUUUGUAAUGUUUGUGGAUCCUUUUGCUUCCAGUAUUUAUUGAAUGUCAAAUUGAGUGAACGAUACUUUUCUACGCGUACGUAGUUCUUUUUUGUACAGUCAGAACGUUAUUUUUUCUUUUACACAAAUCACACGGUCACAGUGAGCAAGUCUUGAAAAUUACAUUAUAUUUGCUGCUUAUUGGUAAGAUCUAUACUGCCACACCGGCACACCCAAAUUCACCCACAUUUUUAUAAAAUCGCAUUUACAAAUGCAAAAGUAUGCUAGCUUCAAAGAUAGUUCACGAAAAUAGUUUUAGUGCUGGGUGGCAGUCGAUGUGGGAGUGUUGACCUUCUUUUUCAAAGAAAAUCAAUUAAAAAAGAAAAUAGUGUUGGCACAAAGUGCCGCGUGCACAGAUGAAUAAACGUUAAUGUUUAAAACUUAUUUUUAUUUCUUAUUAUUUUCGUGUAAAAUAACAAGCUUUAAUUUUAUACGCUGUUUUACGAUAAAUACUUUAUUUUCUAGCAAUGUUUUUAACAUUUUAGUAAAUUCCCUCAUUUACUGGUGUACAAAUGUAUAUUUUAUUUUUUUAGAUAUCUAAGUCUUAGUAACUACUAGUGAUGAUUAUUAUGUUGCAAUUUUUUUAUUGGAAUUAAGAAUGACCAUGUCGAUAUAUAUAAUAUUAAAAUAUAUGUUUUAUCGUAUAUAUCAUUAUAUCAUUAACAAUUACUUAAUAAAAUAUUGAACCAUCUACUUAUAUCUAUGUUAUAAUUAGGUACAAUUCAAGCAUACUUUUUUGUGAUGUCUAUUAUUAUAAUUUAAAUUGCUGACAAAACCUAUUUAAUAAAUGUAUGUUUUAGAUUUCAUGCUUGAUUCUUCAACGGUCAGUCUUGUUUCACCAACUUUAUAUUUCGGGAAAAUCAAGCAACGAUAUCCAACAAUUGUUAGUAAUAUUGAUGGCUAAUUGUCAGUGUCAGAUGACAAUUGUCAUGUUGGUGAAAUAGGCUCCUAUUUCACGAAUUUGACAUAGACAAUAUCUAAAUAUUAUAAUUUCUUUUAUCGACCCCGCAAAUUGUCAAGUGUUGAAAUAGGGCUCGAGCUUUAAUUAUAUUAGGUAGUAAUUGCGGACGAGACAUUAAUUUCUCAUUCCGUUGAAGUCCAGAUUAUCUAACGCAUGUAGUCUAAUUUAGAGGUUACUUCACAAAAGACAUGCCCUCUUUGAGAAGACACUCUUAAAGUGCUUUAUUUUAUUAAAAGUAUAUCAGUAAUUAUAUUGCGUAUAUUAAGCCUUUGGACUUGUAUAGUAAGUGUACGGCCAGCAUUAGAUAAGAUAAGAUAAGAUAAUCUUUAUUGGCAUUAGAUGUAACUUUACGGACUGUUGUACUAUUCGGACAUCAAACAUUUCACAGCGAAAUAUUAAACAACCAAAUUAGCUUAUACUAACUGAAUAUCAACAAUUAAAAACCGUCACCAUACUUAUUGUAACAGAAUAAAAGAUUUUCUCGCCAAUCUCAUCCGUGAAUUUGUCUGUUGCUGGCUGUACCUCGCAGUGGUAAAGCGUCUAAUGUAAACGUAGAUCACAAAUCACAUAGGCUAAUAGAUAAAUGUAGAAACUGCCUCGCACAUCCAAACUGGAAUGAACUAUCGCCCGCGGUAUUUCCGGACCGUUACGAUCUUCAAGAAAAGUGCGUACUCCCAUCCCAUCUUAAAAGGUGGCAACACACUUUCAGCUCCUCUAGUGUUGCAGGUGUCUAUGGGCGAUAGUAACAGGUUACCAUCAGGUGAUUCAUCUGCUCGUUUGUCUUCUAUUCCAUAAAAAAAAGAUUACUGGCGGUCACCAUUCAUUAGCGCCUUUCGUUACAUUUCGCACCGGAGAAAAGAUUUGACUCGUAUUUGUUGCCUUGGUGCGCCGCAGUGGGAUAUAGAUAUCGCCUUGAAUGAAAAUGCAAUUGACUGCAAAUAAACGGAGAACGGGGGACAAUAAUGAUCUGGUUUGGAGACAUUUGGCUCAUUAAAAGCCUGUUUAGUCACUAGUUUAUCAAGCUUUAGUUAACCCUUAAUGGCAUUAUUCAUAAACGCGUUACUGGCCUGAAUUAGCUAUGAAUCGUUUGUCUUUAUCUGUCAUUUUGACUUAUGUAUUUGUAAAAAAAAAAACGUUUAAUCAAAAAUCUUACGUACAACUAAAUACAUAUUGUAAGAAAGGGAUAAAACAUAAUUUAAGUAAAACAGGCCCGUAAAGUUUUAUGAAUAACGGGUAAGUCCUUAGCCGCAACAUACUUGCGAUUAUACUUUAAAAAAACCGCAUCUACAUAAGAAUUAGUUCGUAAUCGAAUGACUAGAAAGGAAUAUCAAAUGGUUUAAGGGUUAAUAAGUAGUUCAUAUAGACGCUUUGCCACGCUAGGUAGUGUUGUGAGUUGGCUUAACCGAGCCUUAGAGUCGAGCCGUCAAGACUUGUGCCUAUAUUAUAGGACCACCCCACACUAGUGUCUUUUGAGCAUCGCCGUCUAGUUAACGCUAUGGAAAAUGGCGUCGCUGCAAAGUUGCGCAAACGUUGCGUCGAGCAGCAGCCAUAGAGUUGACUAGACGCCGACGCUAGUGUGGGGUGGCCGUUAUGGAUACCGCCAGCAACGAAAAUCGGAGAUCAUCUAUCUACUUCUCUGUCGCUCUUGCGUAGGAAUUCAAGUGACAGAGAUGCUUAUAGGUCCGCAGGUCGUGUUCAAAUUUCCUUCUGUUAUCAGGUUGUCCUUAUCUAAUUAAAGAAAGGAUUUCAACAUAUAUAAGGCUCGGUCCAAGCUGGCUCAUAACACCACCGUCGAGAGUUAUUACUGUGUAUCGAGUAUCGUUCGAGUUGUGCCCUUCCAGCUCCAUGUAUCUUUUCGGAAUAAAGUGUUUUGAGCAUUA